GCGCUCAGAUAUACUGAGCGAGCGCUGAGAAGCAGUCUCAGAUCCUGACGGUGCAGCAGCCCGCAGCCUCAGCCAGGGAGUCCUAGCCGCUUUCAAUGGAGGAGAAGCCCGGCCAGCCACAGCCUCAGCACCAUCACAGCCACCACCAUCCGCACCAUCACCCCCAGCAGCAGCAGCAACAGCAGCAGUCGCACCACCAUCACCAUUAUUAUUUCUACAACCACAGCCACAACCACCACCACCACCACCAUCACCAGCAGCCUCACCAAUACCUGCAGCAUGGAGCCGAGGGCAGCCCCAAGGCCCAGCCCAAGCCGCUGAAACAUGAGCAGAAACACACCCUCCAGCAGCACCAGGAAACGCCGAAGAAGAAAACAGGCUAUGGUGAAAUAAAUGGUAAUGCCGGAGAAAUAUCCUUAAAGAGCCUCGGUUCUGAUGAAGCUACUAACCCUAUUUCUAGGGUCCUCAAUGGCAACCAGCAAGUUGUAGACACUAGCCUGAAGCAGACUGUAAAGACCAGCACCUUUGGAAAAGCAGGAAUUAAAACCAAGAAUUUUAUUCAGAAAAACAGUAUGGACAAAAAGAAUGGGAAGUCUUAUGAAAACAAAUCUGGAGAGAACCAGGCUAUAGAUAAGACCGAUAUUGUAGCAAUUCCAAAUGGCGUUAUAACAAAUAAUUCAGGCUAUAUUACUAAUGGUUAUAUGGGCAAAGGAGCAGAUAAUGAUGGUAGCGGAUCUGAGAGUGGAUAUACCACUCCUAAAAAAAGGAAAGCUAGGCGCAAUAGUGCCAAGGGUUGUGAAAACCUUAAUUUAGUACAGGACAAAAUAAUGCAAGAGACUAGUGUCCCGGCAUUAAAACAGGGACUUGAAAGUUUAAAGCCUGACUAUAGUGAACAAAAAGGAACUCGAGCAGAUGGUUCAAAGCCUAUUUGGAAGUAUGAGACUGGACCUGGAGGAACAAGUCGUGGGAAACCUGUGGUGGGUGACACACUUCGUAAAAGCUCAGAUAUUAAACCAGGUUUGAGCAGCAAAAAAUUUGAUGAUCGACCUAAAGGAAAGCAUGCCUCAGCUGCUGCCUCCAAAGAGGACUCGUGGACCUUGUUUAAACCACCCCCAGUUUUUCCAGUGGACAAUAGCAGUGCUAAAAUAGUUCCUAAAAUAAGUUAUGCAAGCAAAGUUAAGGAAAACCUCAACAAAACUGUACAGAACUCGUCUGUGUCACCAUCUUCAUCGUCGUCAUCUUCACUAUCUACUGGGGAAACUCAGACCCAAUCUUCAAGUCGAUUAUCCCAGGUCCCCAUGUCAGCUCUGAAAUCGGUUACUUCUGCCAACUUUUCUAAUGGGCCUGUUUUAGCAGGAACUGAUGGAAAUGUGUAUCCAUCAGGGGGUCAGUCACUGCUAACUACUGCUGCUAAUACUUUAACACCCAUCUCUACUGGGACUGAUUCAGUUCUUCAGGACAUGAGUCUGACUUCAGCAGCUGUUGAACAAAUUAAGUCUAGCCUUUUUAUCUACCCUUCAAAUAUGCAAACGGUGCUGUUAAGCACUGCACAAGUAGAUCUGCCCUCGCAGACAGAUCAGCAAAACCUGGGGGAUAUCUUCCAGAAUCAAUGGGGUUUGUCAUUUAUAAAUGAGCCCAGUGCUGGCCCAGAGACUGUUAUUGGAAAGUCAUCAGAUCAUAAAGUUAUGGAAGUGACAUUUCAAGGAGAAUAUCCUGCCACUUUGGUUUCACAGGGUGCUGAAAUAAUUCCCUCAGGAACUGAGCAUCCUGUGUUUCCCAAGGCUUAUGAGUUGGAAAAACGGACUAGUCCUCAAGUUCUGGGUAACAUUCUAAAACCUGGGACUACUGAGAGUGGAGCCUUACCCUUGGAACCCAGUCAUAUAGGUGACCUGCAAAAAGCAGACGCCAGUAGUCAAGGUGCUUUAGUGUUUCUCUCAAAGGACUACGAAAUAGAAAAUCAAAAUCCUCUGGCUUCUCCUACGAACACUUUGUUAGGCUCCGCCAAAGAACAGAGAUACCAGAGAGGCCUAGAAAGAAAUGAUAGCUGGGGUUCUUUUGACCUGAGGGCUGCUAUUGUAUAUCACACUAAAGAAAUGGAAUCUAUAUGGAAUUUGCAGAAGCAAGAUCCCAAAAGGAUAAUCACUUACAAUGAAGCCAUGGAUAGUCCAGAUCAAUGAAGGACCAGACUGCCUAUUUGUAACCUUUCUGCAGCAUUAGAGCCACCGUUCAUGGGGGACACGAGGCUUUUAUGCUCCUAGAUCUUCAACGCAGCAGAGGAACCAUAAGUAGAAUCACAGGAUAAUAUAUACAAAUAUAUAUAUAUACAUAUAUAUAUAUAUAGUUAUUUAAAAAAAAGGCAACUGAAAGUAAUUAGACUUCUUAAAGAAUCAAAUUUAUUUCAAGAGACUACACAUGGUUAUUUAAUCUCCGGUACCGAAUAGUCUUUUUUUCUUUUAUUUUGUUAGUUUUUGUUUUUAAGUGUGAAUGCAAAUGAUUAAUGAAUACAGACUUAACAAGCGUGGUUCUAAAGUUCCUGCUGUCAUCGACUUGGGCAACAAAUGACCCACUGGAAAGGCAAAUCCACUUACUAGGUAUCUGUAUCUUGUUCUGUGACUAAAGUGAUACACUAAUCACGGGGAGCCCAGAAUGAUGCAACAUUUCCCCCUAUUCCGCCCUUGAUCUUUUGGUUUUAUUUUGAGCCCUGCUAGAAUGCUGGAUAAAUGCCUUGAAGUUUGCAGGGAUUUUUUUGUUGUUAUUGUUUGUUUUUUUGUUUUUUUUUUUUUUUAAUCCGAUAAUUUGCAUGUCUUGCCAGGAGUUGUGCAGCCUCUGUGGGAUGUUGGGGAAAUAGUUCCUUUUAUUUUUUGUGGGGUGGGGAUAGGGGGAGGGCAUUGAAGUUCUACAAUCCUGGAAUAGUUUGUGGGUACAUAGUUAACUUUGGUUAAAUGUUUGACUUUUAACAGCUGACAAAUUCAAUAGUGUCAUUUAAAGGAAAGUUGCAGAACAAGUAAUUGGCUGAUAAUUAUCCAUUGUAAUUGUGUAACCGGGAGCAAAAAUAUAUUCUGCUUUUCGCUGUAGGUGCUCAGACUUGCUCUCUGUCACUAACACUAAGUGUGUACUCGUUUUUCAUCAAACAUCUAAGAGAAACUAUGUUAUCUUUAUGUAAAUUUUUUAUAAUUUCAGUUUCUCAGCAAAGUCUAAAAAGGAAAAAAAAAAAGUUCAUGAAAAAAAUGUCUUUUAGCCAGUGAGGAGGUAAUAAACACUGCUUGUAAACGGUGUGUUUUCAUGCAAAAUCUACUUCUGAGCUUACUAGCUUCUAAUUAUAUCUUAAUAUAUUUCAUUAUUAGAGCAAGAUGUUUUUUUGUUUUUUAAGGAAAAUAAUGUGAAAUUCUGGAAAUUUUGUUUUGGGCAGAAAAGAGCAUUAGCCCUGUCUUAUCACAUUACCAUCCUGUUGUGUUGCAGCUUGUGUAUUGCAUGCUAAAGUAUGAGUGAGUGAGUGAGUGAGAGAGAGUGAGUGUGUGUGUGUAUGUAUGUAUGUAUAAAGGGUCCAAUUUAAGACUGGGUGAUGUUAGUGGCAUAACAAGUUCUCUGGCCUGAUGCAUCACACACAUACACAUACAGAGAAAUAUUAGUGUAUCCAUAUGUCAAAUACAAGUUAAUAUAGCAGGGCAUUUAUAGAGUCUUCUAACAAAGGCAGACUGGAUCCCCUGGAUACAUUUGGGGAGAGAAAGUAAUUUUACUCUUAUUUGUUUUCUAAGAAAUGUCCAGUUUUGAGCGAUUGUAGUGUGGAUGGAUUUUCUGGUUUUGUUAAUUAUUUCAGGUUUUUAACAAAUAGUUCAUGAAAGAAGCUAUUUGAUUUACUGCAGAGAAAAAUACUUUUUAGUCUGGAUUUCUGCCCUGCUUAGAUUUUUAAAAAAGUAUAAGCAUGGAUUGCCAAUUCCACUUGAUGUAAACAAAACUUUUUAUACAUAAUAUAUAUAAUAACUUAUUGUAUCAGUCCAGGUUCAGAAACUUGUGAUAGGCCAGUUUCAGAUAGUUUCAUUUCACCUGUAAACUGUAUCACUUUUACUGAUAUUGUAAUUUUCAAAUGUAUGUUUACAGAUGUGCCCUUCAUUUAGUGCUUUGUUCCUUUUUUUUUUUUGUUUUUUGUUUUUUUUUUUUUUUUUUUUGUUGAGUCUCCUGCUUGCUUGCCAAAAGCUAGGAUGCUUCAGGCCCUUGUACAAUUCAGAGUGAGGCAUCCUUGAGCUUUAAAGCAUUGAACAAACUGGAAAAAUGCAACACGCCACAUACUGAACUGAAAAAAGUCUGUGUUUUGUGUUUCCUUCCUUCCUUUUUUUUUUUUUAAUAAAAAUUUUCAAAAAUAUAAAAAAAAAAGGGUUGACUAAAGAAAAAAAGAGGCUCCAGUUUGUUUUAUAGAUUUUAAAGUUCUGCUGUGUGUUUAAUUGCCUUGUGUAACCACUUAUCGCCUUAGGGCCAAAUCCUUCACCCUAGUCUUUUAAAUGUCCAUUUUGUUUGCCUAGAAUUUUAACGUUCUUCUGUUGCACAAAUCACAAAAAAAAAACAAAACUUCCUUGGUUAGUGGCAUACAAGGUUGAACAUAAUCAAAAUGGAAAGAAAAAUCCAGUUUCCUGAAUUGGGCUUUUAAACUUAGAAGUAAUACUUUAGUACCUUUAAAAGCCUUCGCUUUCUUAAUUCUUCUUCCAUAUCCUUCAGGCCUCUAUUCAGAGAAGCUAAAGAGAAUGUACCCCUUUACUGUUUUCCAAAGGUUGAGAGUCUUACUUCUAAAUGAAACAAUAUAACAUUUCACUUUGUUUUCUCCACUGAAAUUUUCCUGAUUGAUAUAGUUAUAAGGUAUAUAUAGUAGUUAGAAAUGGCUCACCUUUCUGGGAUCCCUCAUGAUCCAUCAUAAUGACUGUCAGUAUUUUUUUGGACAUUGGGUUAAUGGACUUAAUUGCCUCAGUACAAGCAGGACUUUGGGACAGAGCUCCUUUGUGCUGUUUGGUACUUGUCUCAAUCUUUCUCCUUAGGUCCUCACACAAUUCCUUACAGAGCACUUAUUAAAAAAAAAAAAGUCGUACGAGUUCAUCUGUUUUCUGAUUAUUUUUGCGUAAGCUUCUAAAGAAACAUCAGCUGUAAUUAAUUUAGCACAUUUAAAUAACAAUAUGUUGUUGGUAUAAAGAAUAUUCCUUCAACUCAGAGUAUUAGUACUGUAGCAUAAACCAAAUACAGUCUAGAGGGGACUUUUAACAUCCCUCCAUUUAAAUGACUGAAAAAGAUGUGUGUGUGUAUGUAUGUAUGUUGGGGUGCUUGUAUGUGAGGGAAAGAUGAAGAUACUAAGAAUUAGUAAAUGAAUGUGUAAGACAUUAUAUUAGUAUUCAGAGAAUGAAACGUGUAUUUAUUUUGUGCCAUUUGUUUUCAUUAUAUGGAAUAAAGUUGGAUGGUUUAAAUCCUUAAAGGGUAGUACUAGAAAAAAAUGGCACUAAGGAUGAAAUCAUGACCUAUUUUUUUUAAUAGCUAAGAAAUAAUUAUGGGUGAUGAUUUCUUUCAGUUUGUCUUGAUUGUAGGUUUUGCGUCACAUACCACUCACUUUGUGUAAAAUGUCUUGAGUAAUCUCCCUUUCCCCACAAAAGACAGGGUGUAUUUAUCUUUUUCCCUAUUCACCCCCCACUUCAACAACCUGAAGCUAAUUGCAUAGUGUUUCCUCUAACUUUAGUAAUGAACCUUCACAUCAAUAAAGUGUGUUUAUGGUGUCUAUAGUAGCCUGCCCUUCUCUACUUUCUAGGAGGAGAUAGCCAAUAUCUAGAGACUUGUCAGUGGCAACUUUACCAUCCUCCAUCUACUUUCAUAGUUACUCAGAAUCUGCAAAAAUUUCAUAAGUGAAACAAAAUGCUGUGCUUUUUUUUGUUUGUUUGUUUGUUUCAAAUGACAGUUUUUAGCGGAAAAUAGGUUAAAUCUCAAAUGAUAUAGUAGUUUAUUCAUAAAAUAGGACACAGUAGCAGCAGUUCACACUUGUUUGUUGCAUCACUUGACAGUCCUCACCAAAAACUUUUUUUUUUUUUUUUAAUGGUAAGCGUUAAGAUCAGAAAAAGAGCAUGUAAUGUGAACUCUACCAGAUUGCCAUAGGCAAGAAGUUCAAGGCUUGGCUCAACUAAAAAGCCUGUCCACAAUGGUUUAUGUGAGGGUCUCUCAAGUCACUUCAUGUUCAACUUGUCUUAAUGUUAACCAGCGGAAGAACAUAGUACAGUGUAUGUAGUAGGUGAAAUACAUGUAAAGGGACAAUAGCCUACUGAUGAAUACCAGGGUGGAUUUUGGUAGGUGGGAUUUUCCUAUUUUCCCAGUCCCCCAGUAAUUUGGAAAGGAGGCACGGGAGAAUAGAAGCAGGAAUAGCUGCUUAAAGAUGGUCAGAAGUACAUAGAUUAAGAGUUCUAAAAAUCAGUAUUUAAAAACACUUAGAAGUAAGAAGGAAGCCCAUUCUGUUUUUUUUUUUUUGUUGUUGUUGUUGUUUUGUUUUGUAUUUUUUUGGUUUUUUGGUUCUUUGUUUGUUUUAAAGAAUGAUAAAUCAUCAACUCCACUCAAGCACUGAUUUACUGAGUUUAAGAAAGAAAAGCCUCAAAACAAUUAUAGUAUGUCAGUCAGUUUUCUGUCAUAAAAUGCCCACAAACACUAGCAAAUAGCCAUUAAGGAACGGAAAACAGAUAACUGAGCUGUAGUGGGAUUGCUGGUUCAGACAUUUCCUAUUCAGAAAAUUUCGUUCUGUCCAGAGUUCUGAAGCCAUUUUAAAACAUUGUGGUGUCUUGUUUUGUUUUAACAAACUUACUAUAGAAGCUAUGUUUUCUCCCUAGUUCACUUUUGCUUUUGCUGUAUAUCAUUUGUAAUCGACAGACCAAACCAACUUAGAUCAACAUUAUACAAUAGCUUUCCAUAUAUAUCCCUUUUUCCUCAGGUGCUAAACAAAGGCUCCGAAAUGGAUACUGCUUUAGUGACAUUUUAUUCUUAAUGCACAUUUCUUUUAGUAAUUGUGAAGAUUGGUGUUAACAAAGUGGUUUUAAUAUGUAAAUAUGAACAAAUACCUUAAGUUCUAUUUGUCUAUUUAGUCUUUGCAUUCAUCUUUUGUAGAUAAAUUUUCACAGUCAUGAAUACAUUUCAUUAGGUAUUAUUGCAUCUUUAGAAUGAAAACAACUGUUUUGUCUUAGAUUACGCCUGCUGCUGCUGCUGCUGCUAUGGAAAACUGAAAAUCAAGAAUGUGAUGCACUUUUUAACAUUACUAUAUACUAUAGGUUGCUUUAAUACCUUUUCUUUGUAGCACAGCCACUAACAAAAGUGAACAGAGUUUAUAAUUCUCUUCAGGAGUGAGUCAGUCGUCUGUAGUUUGUGUUCACCUAUGAAGAGGACAGAAACUUAGGAAAUAAACUUUGGUUAAUACUAAUCUUUUGGCCUUAAAGAGUCUUCUACUACUGAAAAUAGUUUAAAUCUUAGCUUUGUUCCUAUUAUUCCCUCUCUGCUUCAGAAAGAAUUGGGAAGGACUAGAGGAAAUUUUUUUGUUUGUUUGGUUGGGUUUUUGUGUUUGUUUGUUUGUUUGUUUGUUUUUUGGUCAGUAAGCUGGCUGUUUUUUAAAAUUUUGUAUCAGAAAAUUAAUGCUGCCAUGAACCAAUCAUAUUUAGUUUAACAAAGCUCCCAACUAUUCUGCUUCUCUUAUGUAUAUUUUAAUUAACAAAGGUAAACAAAGUAUAAUAAGAAUGCUACUUGACAAAGGAAAAUUUUUCUUAAGCACAUACUCAAACAUGAAGGAGACAAAACCCAAAAAGUAUGUAGGUGAGGGACACCAAAUGAGGUGGAGGAAUAUGAGAAAGAUGUGUGGUCCAAAGCUUUCUGAUUAUAUUUUGAUGUUGCCAAUAUUGCAGAGCCAAACUUUUAAUUUGCUUACUUACUAUAUUUGUUGGCCAGAGAUCUAUUUUUAUAUCAGUGUGCCUUGCAUGUAUAUUGACUUUUGGAAAGGCCAUGUAGUAAUGCCUGAGAUGUUGAUGGUCCUUACCACCUCACUGAUUUUUAUGCAGUUGAAAUGCUCAUUCUAUUGUCCAACUGGUGCUCUUGUCAAACUGGAACUCUUUAUAAACUGGGGGGGGUCACUUUUUCGCUAACCCCCCUCCCCCCUUUUUUUAAAGUCUUCAAAUGGCUGGUCUGUAGUGGGAAAUGGUAAAAAGGAUUCUUCACUACCUACCCUAACACCUUCAAGUAAUGUGAUGACACCCUUGCUUUGUGCGCUUUGAAAAGUUUCAGCUUGCUAUCUCCUUUAGUGUUAUGAAAGGUGUUAUUAAACACAUUAUUUGCAAAAUACAGGAAGAUGGUGGGAGUCCACAUUUACUGGGGAUUCUUUGUGAGCUUUGCUCCAAAUUAUUGGCUCUUUCCAACAACAAAAUUUUUUAUUGUUAAAGCACCUUGAUUAGAAAAUUUUAAAUAUUCAUGUCUGCAACAAUUGUCUCAAUGAACUGUGCAAUUCUUGUCAUUAAAAAACAAAAAUACAAAACAGAUCUGAACUCUCCCUAAUGUGACUUGUUAGUUUCUGUAUUUCCUGCCAGUGUAAAUGUGAAAAGCUUUGCUUGCAUUACGUUUUAGAAAUGCAUUUUGCACACUCAGUUUUGCUGAAGCUCCAUGAAAAGGUUAGAUCUAAGUAGAUGAAUAAAGCUAUGCACAUGUUUUGAAAGUUUAA